AGGGAGAGGGAGAGAGAGGUUUGCUAGGUUAGUGAAUGAGGAAGUGUGAGAGAGGGAAGGGUGACGGGGAGGAGGACCGCCUGUGAGGAGAGAGAGAGAGAGAGAGAGAGAGCGAGAGAGAGAGAGAGAGACGAAGAGAGCGAGAUAGAGAGGGAGAGACGAAGAGAGCGAGAGAGAGAGAGAGAGAGAGACGAAGAGAGCGAGAGAGAGAGGGAGAGAGAGAGAGAGAGAGAGAGAGAAGAGAGCAAGAGAGAGAGAGAGAGAGAGAGAGAGAGAGAGAGGGAGAGACGAAGAGAGCGAGAGAAAGAGAGAGAGAGAGAGAGAGAGAGAGAGAGACGAAGAGAGCGAGAUAGAGAGGGAGAGACAAAGAGAGCGAGAGAGAGAGAGAGAGACGAAGAGAGCGAGAUAGAGAGGGAGAGACAAAGAGAGCGAGAGAGAGAGAGAGAGACGAAGAGAGCGAGAGAGAGAGGGAGAGAGAGAGAGAGAGACGAAGAGAGCAAGAGAGAGAGAGAGAGAGGGAGAGAGAGAGAGAGAGAGACGAAGAGAGCGAGAGAGAGAGAGAGGGAGAGACGAAGAGAGCGAGAGAAAGAGAGAGAGAGAGAGAGAGAGAGAGGGAUAAAUUCCAACACUGCUACUGAAACGUGUCAGCUGUUGGUUAAGGGAGGCUGAAGAAUAAUUAAGGGAGGCUGAAGAAGGGAGGUAGAGAGAGAGUGUAUGUAUACCAGUGGGGUUGAGAGACCUUCUCUCCAGCGGAGCAGCAAGAUGAAGAGUUUCAUCACAAACACCCUCUCUGACUUCUUCUUCGAGUACGAGACCCCCCGUCAGGUGCUGGUACGGAGCAGGAGGGUGGGGGUCGUGUGCCGAUUGAUCCAGCUGGGGGUCCUGGCUUACAUCAUCGGGUGGGUGUUCAUCUAUGAGAAAGGCUACCAGUCGUCAGACACGGCCGUGGGUUCCGUCUUGACUAAGAUGAAGGGGGUGGGUUACACCAAUGUGACCGGAGAGGAGAGGAUCUGGGAUGUGGCUGACUAUGUCUUCCCUGUACAGGGGGACUCUUCUUUUGUGGUGAUGACCAACUACAUUAUGACCAAAGGUCAGAAAAUUGAAAAAUGUUCUGAGCCCCCAAACUCGAAGAAUCGAUGCAGCUCUGACGCAGACUGUGAAGGGAGAUCAGAACGUACGGGAGAUGGACAUAUGACGGGGACGUGUUUGGUGAACACAACCAAGAUGUGUGAGGUGCUCGCCUGGUGUCCUGUGGAAGAUGACGGCAGUAUCCCAGACCCUGCGCUGUUGAUGUCGGCAGAGAACUUCACACUGUUCAUCAAAAACACAAUCAACUUUCCAGCCUAUGGUGUUACGAGGUGUAACCUCGUAGAAGGUAUCGACAAUCAGUACAUCAAAAGUUGCCUGUAUGACCCAGAGACGGCCCCACUGUGUCCCAUUUUCAGACUGGGCGACUUGGUACAGAUGUCUGGCUUCAACUUCGCCGCCAUAGCCAAAGUGGGUGGGGCGAUUGGUAUCAUCAUUGACUGGACCUGUAACCUGGACCAUGACCAGUCAGACUGUAAACCGUUACUCCUUCCACAUCUCUAUGGAAACCCCGAUAGUAUCGGCAGACACGGGAGCAUCUGUGGGAUACAUCUUCAGGUAAAUAAAGCAUCAUUGUCUUGUGGUUAG